AUGUCUACUGUUGAAAUUAUUAGUAUGCGAAAAACACUCUGGUGCAUUACUAGAAAUGAUAAAUUUAUUUUCAAAGUUACCACUGGAGUAGGCAAUAAUAUUUUUGAUCUUAAAGAAAUUAUUGCAGAAAAAAUUUUUAAUGUAAAGGUAUUUUUAAUUGAGUGUAAACAUAAUGUGUUAAAAGGAAAAUCAUAUGUUGGGGUUAUUUGCGGCAAAUUCCUUGAGGAAUUUUCAAAUACUAAAGGAUUUAUAGUUGUAUAUCCAAGUGGUGACCGUUACAGAGUAGAAAUUCCUGGAGAAUUAUCUAAAACACGGAAAUUGUAA